CUUGUGGGAGGCGGCGAAUCUCAGCAGAACAGAACUCUUCGUCGUUGGCCUCCUUUGCGGUCCGGAUUUCCCUCUGUUCUCCUCGCUGCAACUUCUCGUCUUCCUGACCUUUCUCCCCUUCCCUCCCGUUCACUCGAGCACACACCCGACAGGAAGGUUCUCGAUGCUUCUUCUCUCGUUCUUCUCUUUCUUCCACUGGACUUUCUUUCACUCUCAGCCAUCUCCAGAGAGACAUGCUGAGAUCACAAAGGUGAAAAAGACGAGGCAGAUGCUUCCGAACGCACCCGCGCGCCCAAUCUGCUUCGCCUCCAAGUUGUUCUCUCGCCGUCCUUCUUCCUUCUCUUUCGAAGUCUUCUUCCAAAAUUGUUCCAGGAGUCAAGAUGGCAGGCGAAGACGACAGAGCCUGGAAGAAGCGUCGACCACGAGGCGCCUCUCCAGAUGAAGAAGUUGAGCCAAAGCCUUCUUCUUCAGGUCUUCCUUCUUCUUCUUGUCGUCCGUCGACGAUGCCUGCUUCGCCCCAUCCUCGCGCCGCGUUCAACGCAACUCUGCAGCAAGCGGUCUUCCCUCACGUCCGGUCUUUCGACAGUUUCCUGGAAGUCUAUUUGCAGGAAAUGGUGAAAGAUCUCCCUGUCGUCUACGUUGAUCCUUCCUACGACCCUGACAAACAUGAAGCAAAUCCGUUCUACUCUCCUACAGAUUAUAUUAAACUCGCGAUUUCGUCCGUAUCCAUUGGGGCACCGGUGCGAUUCGAUGCCGCGGGGGCGCGUCUGCAGCCAGGCGUCGGAGGCUCUGGCGACGACCAGCUGCUUCUCCCGAAACACUGCAGAGAGGCUCACAUCACGUACGGAGCUCCUCUCAAAGUCUCCUUCGUCCGAAGCGAUCGCCGCGACGGCGCCGCUCUGAAGAAGGAAGUCGUCGUCGGCAUGGCGCCAUUAAUGGUUCGCAGCAAACUGUGCUCGACAAGAGGCAUGAGCCCCGCAGAGCUGCAGCGCGCAGGCGAGGACGUGGACGACGGCGGCGGCUAUUUCAUCAUCAACGGCAAUGAGCGUGUGAUUCGCUUCGUCGUGCAGCAGCGAACGAAUUUCCCCAUCGCCCUGAAGCGUCCGGCGUUCGCCAAUCGAGACGCGUUCUGCACUCCCUACGCGGUUCUCUUGAGGAGUCAGAGGUACGACGGAACUUCGACGUCGAACAUUCUCCUGGACACCGAAGACGGUCGCUGCACAUAUCGAAUCCUGUUGAAUCGGCAGGAGUACUUCUGUGGAUUCUUCCUGCUGCUGCGCUGUCUGGCGGGGAAUCUGUCGCUGGCCCAGCUGAAGGCGAAGCUUCUCGAAGGCUGCUGGGAUGACGCGGCCGACGCGACCGCCCGCAGUCAGUUGGUGGAAGAGCUUUGGGGCCAAGAGGCAACGUUUGCAGACUCAGACGUCCUCGAAAACCGACCGCUCCACCAGCUUGGGUUGCUGUUCUGGAAAGCCGUCCACUGGCUCUUGCGCCCUGGGAGCAGCUACGAGGCUGCUGGCACUUACGUCAUCCGCCACUUUGUCUUGCCGCACUUGAGCAGCUGGAGCGAAAAAUUCGAUAUGGCCCUCCUCAUGUACAAAAAACUCCGACUCCUCAAACAAGGCAAAAUUUCCGCAGAAAGCCUGGACUCCUUUGCGUACCAAGAAGUUGUGUUGCCAGGUCAGAUUCUCGCCUCCGUCCUGAAGGACGCUCUUUUCUCCUGUCUCGCGAAGAUCAGACUGCACUACCUCCAGGAAAUUCGCAUGCUGAAAAACUCGGGCAACGACCCGACAGCUGCGAUCUACUCCAACAAGUUUUUCGACCUCGCGACCGACAGAUGCUGCCCGGAAAUUGCGCAGAAACUCUCCUACUUCAUGGCCACAGGGAAUAUUCGAACGACGCAGCUCGACCUUCAACAGCUGUCUGGCUGGACUGUCACGGCGGAUCGCUUGAACGUCCACCGUUUUCUCUCGCACUUCCGAGCCGUCCAUCGCGGUCAAUUUUUCACUACCAUGAAAACGACUUCUGUCCGGAAACUCCUCGGCGAGACAUGGGGCUUUCUCUGCCCUGUACAUACACCUGACGGCGCGCCGUGUGGACUUCUUCUUCAUCUCACGCAAUCUGCAGCUCCUGUCGCCCUUCCUCCUGAUCGACGGGCGCGCGCGAGCAUUCGUUUGUUUCUGCACAAGCAUGGCGUCUGCGUGGAUCUCGAGGGAACCUCAGGUCUGCCUCCCUCGGACGUUGGAGCCUCUGCCCGGCAGGCGGCUCGUCCUGCCGUUCGAGGGCCGACCGGCGUCGUUGCUGCGACUUCCUCUGCAUCCACCUUUCCUCUCGUUGUCGACGGCGCGGUCGUCUGUCGGCUCGACCGGAAAGACUUCGCCUUCUGGCUGGAGACGUUCAGAGACCUGAAAAGCAGAGAAGCUGAAGACUUCAAGCAACACUGGGAGGUCGUCGGUUUCCCCCACAACGGAGGCAAUCUGGAAAGCAUUUUCAUCUUCACCUUCCCUGGUCGUCUGGUGCGUCCGGUCCGCCACAUCGAAAGUGGACGCAUCGAGUACAUUGGCCCUCUGAUGCAGCCGUGGGCAGCGAUUGCAUGCAGGCCGUCGGAUGUGAAGCGCAGCGACCGCCUUCUUCGCCUCCACGGACCGGUCGUGUCGGAAAUUGUUUCUUCGUCUGUGUCGACGGACUCUCUCGCGAGCCGCUUCCAAGCUCUCUCUGUCGACAGCGCGUCGCAGGAGAGACACUCUGAGGAGACAGGAGAGACAGGAGAGACAGGAGAGACGGGAGAGAGCGGCAAGCGUUUCCCCCUCAUCGCAGCCAACGAAGCUUCGGGCACAGACGCGCUCUUCUCUUUUAGCGCGCCUGUGAAAUACGAAUAUGUCGAGUUAAAGUCUUCUGCCUUCCUCAGCAUCGCUGCUAGUCUUACCCCCUAUAGCCACCACAACCAGAGCCCCAGGAACAUCUAUCAGUGCCAGAUGUUGAAGCAGACGAUGGGGACGCCUUUUCACUCGAUUCCGUUUCGCCACGACAACAAGGCUUAUCGACUCAUCACUCCUCAGCGGCCUCUCGUUCGAACAGAAGAUUAUCGACGUUUCGAUUUCGACGAUUACCCCAGUGGCGUCAACGCCGUCGUUGCCGUCAUGUGCUACACAGGAUUCGACAUGGAAGACGCCAUGAUUCUCAACAAAGGCUCGAUGGAACGCGGCGCUUUCCACGGCUGCGUCUACAAAUCGAAAGUCAUCGAUGCUGCGCCUGCCUCAGCUCGUGCGGGCGCUGCUUCUCAAUACACAUUCGGCAACGUCAACGAAUUUGGCCGCAAGCACAUAGCAACUUUGGAUGGGGAUGGCUUCCCUGCUAUUGGAGCAAAAAUUGAGAAAGGAAACACCUACUGCAGGGUGCAGACGUCUUCGUCUUCCUCGUCGUUCGCCAGUAAUGGAAUUCAACAUGCGUACAAAGACGGAGAGACCGCGUACGUGGAUGGAGUAACUUUCAUUUCGCCUCCCGACGCAGCCCACGAGCGUCUAGCGAAAUCGGGUCUCAAAGGCUGCAGAGCUUCUCUGCGCCUGCGCUGCGUGAGGAAACCUGUGAUCGGAGACAAAUUCGCCUCGCGUCACGGACAGAAAGGCAUUCUCUCCAUGCUCUGGCCUCACGAAGACAUGCCGUUCACCGAAUCCGGUCUCGUCCCCGACAUUCUGUUCAACCCUCACGGCUUCCCCAGUCGUAUGACCAUUGGGAUGUUGAUCGAAAGCAUGGCCGGAAAGGCCGCAGCUGUCCACGGAGCCUACCAGGAUGCCACACCCUUCCGCGAGUUCCCUCCCCAAUCGGCGGAUGGAAAGAACAAAUGGGUCGACCAAGGAGGGUACCACGGCUGGGUAAAGCGAGGCGAACGCUACAGGACACCCGAAGAGGAGCGGCAGGCGCAAGACGAACCUGAAACGCCUGUCGACUAUUUCGGAAAAGCUCUCAUGCGUGCAGGCUACCAGUAUUACGGAACUGAGGAGCUGUACAGCGGCGUGUAUGGAGUUCCUCUCACUGCACAUAUUUUCACAGGUCUCAUUUACUAUCAAAGACUGAGGCACAUGGUUACCGACAAACAUCAAGUGCGUGCUACCGGUCCUGUCGAUGCUCUGACGCACCAGCCUGUGAAAGGCAGGAAGAGACACGGAGGCGUUCGUUUCGGAGAAAUGGAAAGAGAUGCUUUGAUUUCUCAUGGCGCCGCAGCUCUUCUUCAAGAUCGCUUGCUCCAUUGCUCGGAUGCGCACAAGACGUUCUGUUGUCCAUCGUGUGGCAGCAUUCUGACACCAUCGGCGGUGCCCAACCUGCGCGGGCGGACAGCGGGAGGAAAGCGCGCGGUCCCUUUCUGCAGAGUUUGCCAAGUUCCAUGUCGUCUGAUCAUGGUCCCCUACGUCUUCAGAUAUCUGGCGAACGAGCUCGCGGCGAUGAAUGUGACAAUUCGCUUGAAACUCGCAGAGUUCGGGCAGCCUCUCGAUGUGAAGCCGCGGAGCCUUCCGGGCCUCGUGGAGCCCAAAGAAGGCCUUCGAGCUGGUUGAGCCGGCGUUUGCCAGGCUUCCCAGCACUGGGGCACCCACUAGAGACACUUCGGAGACACAACGCCCCCGCCUCCACGAAUAUCUCCUGUACAAACAGAAGAAGAAAGGGGAGAAGAAGCGCCGUGGCAUGUCGACAUGUUACAUAUGUCAGGGUGCGACAGGCGCUUCGGAGGGACAGAAAUGGCUAAAGGAAGAACAGCAAGCAUCCGUAUCCUUCACUGAUUCCUUUUGCAUCCGCGGCUGCAGGUGCACGUUUCCGGGUGCCGUUCUCCAUGCGUUUUGGGCGCCUCUCUCUCGUCAGGGCACACUGUUUUGUGCCUGUCUUGUUGUCGCCUUAUAUUCGAGGCAAAACGCAGAUGUGUCCACGCCCGGUUUUCUUCAUUUCGAACCGUUUUUUCGAGUUGCCGAGGGACAGGCGGCUUACCGCUCUUCCAUCCUGCAGCCGCAAGCGUCGCAGCCUCCUCCCGCGUUCGGCACCGCGCAGGCGAUCACUCUUGCAAAGCUCCGAAAGAAGGCCUUCCCUUUUUUCUCUACUUUCGUCUCUUCUAAUGUAGAACAUGGCCGAGUAGGCCUCCAGUCCAUGAGAUACAGACAACCAGUUCUCUUUGACUGCUGCACACCGUCACCCCACUGGGGACUACUGAAGACAGCUAGAGCGAUGGCUUUCAGUCUCGUCUCCCUCGGAGGUUCGGUCUAAUGUCACGUCAUCCUAUAUAGCUCACAUGGCUUCUGGUACUUUGAGCCCAAACUAACGGCGGGUAGGGAAGAGUGUCUCAAAGAAAAAGAAUAUUUAACUGGAAAGUUAGUGUCUGAGACAGAUAUAUCACAGAGUGUCAACUGGCAUCUAGGCUAUUCGAAAUCGGGUUCGUUCUAAGUGUCAUCGGUGAAUUUCUGUUCUCCACCAAGUCGUCAGUCGUCAACAAAAAGGCACGUGGAAGAAAAAGAAGAAAAACGAGUUCGGCGGGCGCUGUUCCCCGUUUCGUCGAGGGGCCAUGAGAGCGACCGGCACCCGCGAAAAGCGUCUAUGUGGGGUCGACAGGCUUUCAGAGACAGAGGGGAAACGACCAGCGAGCUGGGAAGAAUGCCACACGCAGAGGGCAAAAGUCGACGGUCGACGUUUCUACGAAUUGGAGGGUGAAGUCGCCUGAGGCAGAGAUACCUUUGUCAGCGAAAAAGCGGCGUUCAUCAAGCCUUGAGUGCUGCCAAACGUGUGUGGUGUGGCUGGGAAGCAUGCA